AUGGACGUUACAUUCGAGACCGACGACGGCCGGCGCUUCCAAGAAGAAAUCUGGUUCUUCUCUCCCGUUCGCGAAAUCAAAGAAAAGCUUCACAAAUCCCAUGGCAUCCCUGUCUCCCGCCAAACUCUCUGCUUCAACGGCAUUAUCAUGGAAGACGAACACGACUUUGAAUACUACAACGUCAUUCAAGGCUCUGUCAUUCGCCUUCAUCUCCAGCCCGAGCCCGAGCCCGAGCCCGAGCCCGUGCCGGCGCCCGUGCCCGAGCCCGAGCCUAGCUAUGGCCGUGGGAGAGGGUACGUGAAGGUGACGGUAUUGAUGCCGAGAGUGGCGAUGGGAAUCAAGAGGUUGGAGUUUGUGGUGAAUUUAGAUGAUAAAGUGGGGGAGCUUAGGAAGGAAUUGUUGAGGAUGGAAGAGAUGUAUUAUAGCAUUAAUUUUCCACCGGAAGGAUUUUUCUUCAUUCAUAAAGGUAAUGUGAUGGAAGAAGACAACCCCUAUUGGUGGCAUGAUGUGAAGGCCGGAGAUGUUAUUGAGAUUUUUAGCGGGAUUCUCCAUUUCUUCUUCUUCCUCCUCUGGUCUUCAUCAAAAAUGGACGUUACAUUCGAGACCGACGACGGCCGGCGCUUCGAAGAAGAAAUCUGGUUCUUCUCUCCCGUUAGCGAAAUAAAAGAAAAGCUCCACAAAUCCCACGGCUUCCCUGUCUCCCACCAAACUCUCUUCUUCAACGGCAUGAUCAUGGAAGACGAACACGACUUUGAAUACCACAACGUCAUUCAAGGCUCUGUCAUUCUCCUCCGUCUCCAGCGCGUGCUCGAGCCCAAGCCCGAGCCCGAGCCCGAGCCCACCAAUGGCGGUGGGAGAAAGAUGAAGGUGACUGUAUUGGUGCCGAGGGUGGCGACGGGAAUGAAGAGGUUGGAGGUGGAGGUGAAUUUAGCUGAUAAUGUGAGCGAGCUUAGGAAGGAACUGUUGAGGAUGAAAGAGCGGAGUUAUAGCCUUUAUUUGCCACCGGAAGGAUUUUUCUUCAUUUAUAAGUGUAGUGUGAUGGAAGAAGACAAGCCCUUUUGGUGGCAUGAUGUGAAGGCCGGAGAUAUUAUUGAGAUUUUUAACGGGAGUGUUACUCAAGGAUAG